GAUACCGCUGUUAUAGCAUGACCCGUCCAACAUCGCAUCGUCCAACACGACACACAACACAACAGAGUGAAAAAUGGGUAGACACAGCUCAGACUCGGAGGACGAUAGACGAAGGAAACAAAAAUCUUCGAGGAAACGCGACAGAAGGAGUAGAAGUCGAGAACGGAGGAAACGUUCUCGGUCUCGAGAGAGAAAACGAAGUCGUUCCAGAAGCAGUAGUUAUGAGGAUUACAGGCGCAGCAGAUUAAGUCGAAAAGAUCACCGGUUUAGUCGAUCAAGUAGCAGUAGAAGCACUAGCAGUAGUUCCAGUAAUGGUGACAAGAGAAGAAGUAGGAAAGAUAAAAAGGAUUCAAGUUCACAACUCACAAAAGAAAAGACUAAACAGAAAAUGAAGAAAGCUUUGGCAAAAGCAGAGUCAAAAGAUGAAAUCCUCAAAAGAGAUAAAGCUGUCAAGGAAUUAAGAGAGUUAGCACCUGACAAAGAUGUGAUAUUACAAAUAGAAAGCAGUGAAUUUGUGCCCCAGUCCUUCAGCUCAUCUUCUGGCUACAAAGGUCAUCAGAUGGGUAGGAAAAAUAUUGAUGGUAGCCAUGAAGAAGCUAUGUUUGGUAUUGGUGGAGCAGUGCCAGAAAUUUCAUCCUCUACUGUAACUACAACAGAGUUAAAGACUGCUCCUCAAUCAAUUAUAUCACAAAAUUCUGACAAGGAGGGACUGUUUGCUUCAUGGCUUCAUGAAGACGAAGAAACCAAGACAUCUCGCUGGAUAACCAAAUUAAAAAAGAUGCGACAAGAACUUUUGGCGGCCACCUAGAUGCAAUGCUUGUGGCCAUAUCCUUUUUCUCUAAUAAAAAUACAUUCAAGUCA